GCGGCCGAGGAAGGACCCGCCUUUCUCCAAUGGGAGGAGCCCGGGUGCGUAGCGGUGCGCCAAUGGUGGGGGAAGCUGGAGUCCCUGGUAACGGGGCCGGGCCGGGCCUCUUCCCAGGGAUGUGGAGCUGCGGGGGCCGGCGGCGGCGGAGGAUCUUGGGGGCCGUCCUCUUGGUCCUCAUGGCGGCCGUGGUGGUGCGCAGGUAUUACCCGUGCCUGCCCAUUGUUUCAGAGGCCUGUGGGGAUGAGGUGCUACAGAGGUUGAACUUCACAGACAUGGUCCCAGUGCGCAUGAGGGGCCGGGUGCUAGGCUUACAGGCCAAGAAUGCCCAGUUCCUGCUGGAGGAGAGGCCCUUCCGGAUUUUGGGAGGCUCGCUGCACUACUUCCGCAUCCCCCGAGAAUACUGGGAGGACCGCCUGAUGAAGAUGAAGGCCUGUGGCUUGAACACUGUCACGACGUACGUCCCGUGGAAUCUCCACGAGGCAAUAAGAGGGAAGUUUGACUUCAGUGGAAACCUGGACCUGCAGGCUUUCAUUAAGAUGGCAGAAGAAGUUGGGCUGUGGGUGAUUCUCCGCCCAGGACCAUACAUCUGCUCUGAGUGGGACCUUGGUGGAUUGCCUAGCUGGUUGCUCCAAGACCCUGAAAUGCAGUUGAGGACAACCUACCGGGGAUUCACAGAGGCUGUGGAUAGCUACUUCGAUCAUCUGAUUCCCCAAGUGGUUUCUCUUCAGUACAAGUAUGGUGGUCCGAUCAUCGCUGUGCAGGUGGAGAAUGAGUAUGGCUCCUAUGCCCAAGAUCCGAGUUACAUGACGUAUAUAAAAAUGGCCCUGACCAGCAGGAAGAUUGUGGAGAUGUUGAUGACCUCCGACAACCACGAUGGACUGGCUUCUGGCACUGUGGAAGGAGCGCUGGCCACGAUUAACUUUCAGAAGUUGGACGCAGCCAUCAUGGUAUUUCUCAACGCUGACCAGCACAAAAUGCCAAAGAUGGUGAUGGAAUACUGGACUGGAUGGUUUGAUUCCUGGGGAGAACUUCAUCACGUCUUUGACGCAGAUGUAAUGGUACAAACAGUGGCAAAAGUCAUCAAGAUGGGAGCAUCCAUCAACCUCUACAUGUUCCACGGGGGCACAAACUUCGGCUUUCUGAAUGGCGCCCAGCAUUUCAAUGAAUACAAGGCAACCAUCACCAGCUAUGACUAUGAUGCCAUCCUGACCGAGUCUGGGGACUACACCCCCAAGUUCUUCAAGCUGCGACAGUUUUUCACAGACAUAUUGGGGGGCCCUUUGCCUGAGCCUCCAGUAAUUUCAAGUAAAGCGUCCUACGGGGCAAUCCUGAUGCAGCAAUACGUCUCUCUUUGGGAGGUGCUGCCCUCUCUGGUCAAGCCCGUCAGGUCAGAAACCCCGGUUAACAUGGAGAACCUCCCGGUGAACGACGGUAAUGGACAGGCCUUUGGGUAUACGCUCUAUGAGACUAUCUUACCUCAAGGAGGAGCAUUACAUACUCAUGACCACAUCCGGGACAGAGCCCAGAUGUUUCUUAAUAAGCGGUAUUUUGGCCUCCUUGAUUACAGCACACAAGAACUGACAAUCCCUGACGGGCAGGGAUACCGGCAACUCCAGCUCCUGGUCGAGAACUGUGGGCGAGUCAAUUACGGAGAGCAUCUCAACGACCAGCGGAAAGGCUUAAUUGGUGACAUCUCUCUCAACAAAACCCCCUUAAGGAACUUCAAGAUUUACAACCUGGAGAUGAAACCCAGCUUCAUGGAAAGUCUACGCGGAUUCACUCCCUGGAGCGCCGUUCCUGACAGUGCCGUGGGGCCCGCGUUUUUCCGAGGAACCCUCCAAGUGCAGCAUUUGCCUCGGGAUACUUUCUUAAAGCUGGAGGGCUGGGAAAAGGGAGUUGUGUUUGUCAAUGGGCAAAACCUCGGUCGCUACUGGAACAUUGGUCCUCAGGAAACGCUUUUCCUCCCAGGGACGUGGCUCCAGGAAGGACACAACGAGAUUAUCAUUUUUGAAGAGCGUGCUGCCGGCCGGAUUAUCCAGUCCACAGACUUGCCUUUCCUAGGAAAGAUCCAAUAUGUGAGCUGAGCGUGGGAGGGUGGUCUCCCUGGCUGCUCUACCAUCUACAAAGUUCACUUGAAGCACUGGUUGAGGGUUCCUGGGGCACCGAAGUCUGGAAGCAAGCGAGUCUUCUCCUCCUCCUCCUCCUCCUCUGCUAGAUCCCUGAUAAAGACAUGCCUCCUUGCUAAUGAAUGUCCUGGUUAUGGGUGAUGUUUGAUUAGUUAAGGUUUGCCACAUCCAUGGAUUUAGGAGGCGGACUCUGAAUACUUGAAAUGAGAAAACAAAAUCCUCCAAUAUCUCGAAAUCUUGUCCUCGAGGAUCUAACUCUUCCAUUGGUUUCUUGCCCCAGUUGUCUCAAAAGAAGCCAAGGGACUGGCAACGGGAUCAGUGUGCAAGGGGUGGAUUUACGAAGCUCUUCUCCAAGGUUUCAAACUGAACCAGGUGCAAAUUGGAAGAGAAAUGGUCUCACUGGCAUCUGCAAUAACCAGACUGGGGGAUAUACAAGACUUUCUUGUUGUUUUGAAGAAUAGAUUAUCUUUUAUUCCCUUCUUAGUUGCCGACUUCAGUCCUUAGGCGGGAUGGGUAGGAAUAUAAUCUUUGCAUUUAUGCAUCCAUUCUGUAGUGCAACCCCUGGAUUGUUAUUAUUUAUUAAAGGUACUUGAAGAACCACAAUAAGUUCUCCAACUCCAGCAGAUGAGCUGGGAGACAUGUCCAAGCCAUAUGGAAAUGGAAGCCAACUGCAUUUGGGAGUGUUCACACUUGGAAAUUGGACAUUAUGUCGAACUUUUAAGUGCACUCCACAAAUUGGUUAAUUCCAUGCUGUUUGUAGCACUGAGAACAAUGUAUAUGAUUUUCUGAAACAGGAUACAGUGUGUCACUGGAUAUAGCAACUUAUCGCAGGGUUAUGUGGGUCCUCCAUGAGAUGGCAGAGGUCCUUCCAUCUCAUGGAGGACCCAUGAGAUGACAGAGGUUCUGAGAUGUCAUCUUCCUUCCUCCCCAUGUCUCCCCUACAUAUAAUAGACCAGGAAGGCCAUUGACUUCCUGACUUUAGAUGAUGAAUGCAUUAGAGCAAAACAUCUGAAGACCACCAAGUUGGUGAGGACUGAAUUAGGACCUCAGGGGAGAUUUAACCUGGUUGAUCUCUCUCUAAUAGAGUAAGAAGACUACCAACCGAUCUAGGUAGAAUUUGGGAUGAUGCAGUCCAAAGUUCUGGCUGUCCUUGAAUCCUGGCAAGACUUUAUGUAUAGUUCACACUCUUCUUUGCCAUAUGGAUGAAAUGAGACUUUCAGACUAUUCCCAGCCAGACUUUCUCAAUUUUUUGUUGACAUUUGUAAGACAGGGGCAGCAGUAAAAGGAAUGAGAGUUGGCUUGAAAAGAAAAGACCUUCUUUUUCACUUGCCUUUCUUGGAAUCCAGAGUAGCAUGAGAAGGCAAUGUAGCAUGUGUACAUGUGAGAAGAUGAGUAUGUGUUGUCGAAGGCUUUCAUGGCCGGAAUCACUGGGUUGUUGUAGGAUUUUUCGGGCUAUAUGCCCAUGUUCUAGAGGCAUUUUCUCCUGAUGUUUCACCUGCAUCAAUGGCAAGCAUCCUCAGAGGUUGUGAGGAUACUUGCCAU